AUGAGGUUAGUACAGUUCAUUGGUGGUUUGAAGAGGGCUAUCCUUUCAGACCUGAUUGGAAGUACAAAGAAUAAGAGAGCCAAUAUUCUUAAGCAUCCUCCAGAUCAACUCCAUUCAUCCUUAGCCAAACCAGCAAACUUAGAAACACAAAGAGUCAUUCUUCCUUCCAACACAUACAGUUUAAAGCAAAUUCCUAACAAAAUUCAAGAUGCCAAAUCUGAAAGAAAAGUUACUCAGAAGGCUCAAAUCAGGAAAUUUAGUUUAUUUUAGAAUUAUCUUUAUCUUAUUAUUCUGAAUGACGUCAUUGGCAAGAAAAGAUUCGGAUUCAUACAAGAGAACUCUUUCAGGAGCUACUUCUGGCCCCAAUUGAGUUGUAUCUGGUAAUGGGACUGCAAACAUCGAGCCGUUUAAGACUUACAGAAUAGCUGUUGAAGCAAGAGAUGCAUCGAAUGUACCCAUCGGAACAGGUGGGGAUGUCUUCGUAAUCGAGAUUUAUAACCAAUGCAAUAAAGAUGACCUCUCCAGAUGAACAGAAACAGGGGCUUAUUCUGUGUUGUCAUCUCCAGUUGUAGCUCAAAUGCAAGAUAAUGGAGAUGGAACCUACCACUAUGAUUUUAGAAUGGAAAAUGUUGGCAUCAUCACAUAUUUCAUUUCAUUAACAAAAACUGGGAUUAAAGCUACUUUUUACCCCAAUAUUGAUCUGAAUUCUCCUGCAGAGCUUACAGUUUAUGAUCCGAGACUUGACUAUGAUUGGGACAAUGGAAGCCCAAUCAGUGUUGUUGAUAUGUGGAGUGCAAGAUUUGAUUUUUAUUUUGUUCCAACAACAAAUGAAGAUUACACUUUUUACACAGUUCAUGAUGACUGGAUUUCUUAUACAAUUAACAAUGUGUAUCCAAGUCUUGACUUUUCAGUUUCUUUCAGAUCUACUUCAACUGCUCUUCCUCUGAUUUCUGGGAACUAUUACAGAUUCAAAUUUGAUUACAAAGAAGCUGUGUCUUCAGCCAACUGUACUCUCUACUUCUGGACUCCAACCAUCUCUCAACAAGUUGUUCCAAACUCAUAUCUCAGAUAUCCAGCUGAGGACGUCGGAUUGUCAAAGUAUGACAUCCAAGUGAGUUGCCCUGAUGGAUAUGGACCAAAUAGUAACACUCCUCCAGAUGCCUGAGCUGAAGUCUGAGGAGACGGAAAAGAAAUUGGAAACGAGAAAUGAGAUGACAACAACACAGUCGGAGGCGAUGGAUGUUCAGCCGACUGAUCAACUGUUGAAACAGGUUGGGUCUGAUCUGGAGGAUCUUCUACGACCAAAGACACUUGAACUCAGUGAACUUCAGGGUUUUACCAAGAUAACCCAACAAAUCCAGAAAACUGAGUAUCAAUCUGAGGCGAUGGCUUUGAAGUAGACGCUGAGAAAUGAGACGAUAACAACAUUGUGAGUGGAGAUGGAUGAGCAGCCGACUGUUCAGGUGUUGAAGCAGGCUGGGUUUGCUCAGGAGGAAGUCCAACAGCAAAAGACACAUGAACUCAGUGAACAGCUGGGUUUUAUCAAAACGAUGCUAGCAACCCUGAAACUUGAGUUGCUCAGUGAGGCGAUGGACUUGAAGUUGGCACUGAGAAAUGUGACGACAACAACACUAUUGAUGGAGAUGGCUGUUCAGCUGACUGUUCAACAGUUGAAGCCGGAUGGGUCUGAUCAGGCGGGUCAUCUACCACAAAAGAUGUAUGUACUCAAUGAGCAGCAGGUUUUUACCAAGAUAAUCCAACAAACCCUGAAAAUUGUGUUUCUAGAUGAGGAGAUGGCUUAGAAGUUGGAACAGAAAAAUGAGAUGAUAACAACACUAUCAGUGGAGAUGGAUGAGCUGCUGAUUGUUCAGGUGUUGAGACCGGCUGGGUUUGAUCAGGAGGAUCGUCUGUUUCCAAAGAUAUAUGAACUCAAUGAGCAGCUGGAUUUUACCAGGAUGACCCAACGAAUCCCGAAAACUGAAUAUCUCGAUGAGGUGAUGGCUUAGAAGUUGGUACUGAGAAAUGAGAUGACAACAAUAUUAUGAGUGGAGAUGGAUGAGCACAUGAUUGAUCAACAGUUGAAGCUGGCUGGGUAUGAUCUGGAGGCUCAUCAACAUCAAAGGAUACAUGAAUCCAAUGAUCUCCUGGUUUUUAUCAAGACAGCCAAUUAAAUCCUGAAAACUGAGUGUCGCAAUGAGGAGAUGGCCUUAGAGUUGGCACUGAACUAUGAGAUGACUUUAACACUGAUAAUGGAGAUGGAUGAUCUAGCAAUUGAGCCGCAAUUGAUUCUGGCUAUGUUUGAUCUGGAGGCUCAUCAACUCAGUCAGACACAUGAACAGAAUGCACAUCAGGGUUUUAUCCUAAUGAUGCACUUGUUCCCCGAACAUGCGUAACUCAGUGAGGAGAUGGCUUCAGAGCUGGCUCUGAAAUUUGAGAUGACUCUAACACUGAUGACUCUGACGGAUGCUCAUCUGACUGAGCUACUAUUGAACCUCGAUACAUCUGAGCUGGAGGGACUGUUCUUACUCAGGAUAACUGUAGCCAAUGAGGAGAAGGAACAAUUCCUAACACUGCACAAGACUCAUGAAUCAAUGUUUGUGGAGAUGGUAUCGUCACCAAUCCAGAACAGUGAGAUGACGGUAACACUGAGGAUGGAGAUGGAUGUUCUCAAGACUGUAUCUCAGUUGAAUCAGGAUGGAAAUGAGAUGACUCAAUGCCAUCAAAGUGAGUAAAGGAUUACAUAAAUAUUCCGCUUUCAAGUUCUGAAAAAGCAAUCCAAGGAUCGACAAUAGGAAUAACUGUUGGAGCUGUAUCUUUAAACAUAAUAGGUGCAAUUUUAAGUAAAUCAUCACCAAAUGGAGCUUUUGCGUCCAUAAACCAGCUCCAGCUGCUAAUAAUGCUACUUUUCUUACAGACAUAUUUGCCUUCAAAGAUAGUCAAUUACUUGAGGUCGCUGACAAUGUCUCUAAUAUAAACAUCGAUUGGCCAUCCUUCAUUUCAUUCAGAUAUUUGAUUGGCCUGUUCAGCCAUCCUCAGUCAAGAGAUGAUCUUUAUAUUGGCAGUUAUGAGUCUGGAAGCACAUUGCUCAAUAACAGUACAUUAAUAGCUAUUAUCCUUCUGUAUAUUCCUCUUCAUUUGUUGACUCUUGUGAUCACAAAAUGUAUCCAGAAGUCUUCUAAACGAACAUUGAAGAUGAUCUUCAAUUACACGUGGAGAGCUUUUACUUUUGAGAUAUAUGUUCGAACAAUAUUUGAGUCAUUUCUUAAUCUUUGAAUACCUACAUUCCAUGAGCUAAGUCAAUUUAAGGUUACCAAAUCUGGAGCUCAGCGACGGUCAUUCUUUGCAGCCUUAGGUUUCCUAGCUCUGAUUCUUAUCAUUGUUGCAUUGACUACUUGAAUUUGGUAUUUUAUUAGUAAAGAAAAGAGCCAAAAUACCAACACCUCAAAUAAAUCUCCGAAAUUCCUUGAAAAUGAGCUAUUCUCAGGACUAAAGCCCAACUGGACCUCCAGAUUCUACCCAGUGUUGUUCUUUAUCAGAAGAAUCCUCUUCUCUCUUCUUGUGACUUGUUUUACAUUUGCCAGCAGAGGUAUAGUCUGAGGAUGCUACCUCGGAGUCACAACAGUGUACACAGUAUUGAUCAUUAUCUUCAGACCUUACUCUUCAAUUUAAAAAUAAAGAUAACAUCCAAGAACUCGUAAAUGAAUUCUUCUACAUUGCAUUCUGAGGAGUAAUUUAUAUGCAUCGCAAACAAGCAGACUGGGGAAGUGCUUUGACGAAUACGUUCUACUGGUCUCUUAUAUCUAAUAAUCUCAUUAAUGUGCUGUUCUCAAUGAUCUGAUUUAUACAUACCUUGUGUAGGAAGAGGUCUAAAACUAGUUCCAAGGUCAGAAAAAAUGUGAAGAAAUCAAAAUAUAAAAUGGACUCAAAGCUACCUAUUCAGAAAAAGCAAAAAGAUGAAGAAAUUAGAAUGAGUAAUCGAAGGGAGAGACCUCUAAGUCUUCAUCCUCUCUCCUCGGUAGGAAAUUCACGAAUCACGACACUUACUAAGAAGACAAGAAUGGUGGUACUUCGUAAACCGUCACACAUUGGACUCAGAGAUGACUUAUUCUAUCAUGAUAACUCAUUCUAGCCCAAUAAUAAAUAAUUUAGUUGUUAAAUUUUGAUUG